AUGGCUCGCAAGAAGGUGGCCCUCCGGUACAUCCUCGAUAAAAAUUCCAGAUGCAGUACUUCAAAGAAGCGGCGUGAGGGCCUACGGAAGAAGGCGGAGGAGUUGGCCAUCAUGUGCAAUGCCAAGGCAUGUGUGCUAGUAUAUGGCGAGGGCGAGGCGGUACCACAAGUGUUCCCGUCCCCCGCUGAGGCGGUGCCUGUCCUGGACCGGUAUAUGAAUAUGCCGGAGGGCAACUUCAAGAAGACGGUGAAUCAUGCAAGCUUUCUCAAUCAACAUUUUGGCAAGCUCCAGGCCAAGGGCCACAAGCUCCAAGACGUCUGUGAAGACAAUGAGACCAGAAUCCUCCUGCACAAGGUCAUGCUCAGAAGCAACCUCUCGAGCCUUGAUGGCCUCAACAUCGAGGAUCUCACCAAUGUUGGCCGAAAGCUAGAGGUGAUCCUCCAGAGCAUGGGGGAAAGCAUCACAAAAAUUAGCGGCCAACCACCUGUCUUCCAGUCCCAGGAGCCAUACGUCACCAACACCAUGGACAUGGGGUCUCCAGCAAUGUAUCACGCACCACCACCAGCUCCAUACGUCACCAACUACAUGCAUGUGGAGUCUCCGUCGACUUAUCAGGCACCACCAGCUCCAUACAUCACUGACAACAUGGACAUGGGGUCUUCGAUGAUGUAUCCGACAGCGUCACCAGCUCCCUAUGUCACUAGUGGCAUGGACAUGGGGCCUUCCACAAUGUUUAAGGCUCUGCCGCAGCAACAAGAGGAUGCACUUGACAUGAUGAGGUAUGGAGGAGACCUCAACGCCCUGGUCUAUAGUGGCUACAAUUCUAGUGGUCGUAAUGACACCGGCACAAGCACUGUCUUCCCUAGCGGUGAUAUUGACCCGAAGAGGUCGUUUGAGGUGGUGUUCGGUUGGCAGUUCGGUGGCGCUGAUCCUGAAGCGUCUUCUUCAAGUCCUUUCCUCCCAAUGUAA